AUAAAAAAGAAAAGAAAAAAAUGAAGUUUUUAAUUUUCAUUUCAGCCCUUUGCACUUUCAAAAAAGCCCUCUCCUACACCACACCUAAAAUCACCAUUGCCGGACAACUCAAAAAACUCCGAACUAGCCGCCCAACUCAGCCACCACCUCCACUUCGCCGCCCAACUCAGCCACCACCUCCGCUUCGCCGCCCACCUCGUCACUUCCCCGCGCCGUCCAACUCAGCCACCACCUCCGCUUCACCGCCCACCUCGUCUCUUCCCCGCGCCGUCCAACUCAGCCACCACCUCCGCUUCGCCGCCCGCCUCGUCACUUCCCCUGCGCUGCCCAACACAGCCACCACCUCCGCUUCAUCUGUCCGCCGUCCGACCGGGACAAUUUCUCAGAGUACCGAUACAAACGGAGCACGGCCUUCUGCAAAUCCGCCGCCCACAACCACAAACAUUACUCAACCCCUCUCUCUCCUCGACCUUCCUAAAUCCUUGCCGUUCAGGUCCAGAAAUUUCCAGAAAUUUUGGAGAGAAAGAAGAGUAGACGAGGAAAUAAAUUAGGGGAUAGGUUUAAGAUUUUAAUUAAGUUCUGGAAAAUUGUAAUUUAACCCCUGCAUUUAUUUUAAAAAUUCAAUUUAGUUCCUUA